AUGGAUGACGCUAAGCAUAUGGCACUACUCUUUUUUAUGGACCAUCUGAUGCAAAAGAAUGGCCGACGUACAAUCCAUGAUCUUAGUUGCCAGUUUGGAGCACGUGGAUUUACGGCUGAAAUGCGUGAUGCAGUUGGUACCACGCAAGAAGGCCUUACUGACUUCCUCAAUCAACAUCCAUCUUUAUUUACCGUUGAGGGUGACCAGGUUUGCUUAAAUGAUUUCGGUGAUGUGAAUGCUAAAAAUAACCCUUUGUUGCAAACCAGCGGAAAUUCUAGGAAUCGUGAUUAUGUUAAAGAAGCGGUUCAAUUUUUUGAAGCAAAACUGCAAAAAUUUGGUCCAGAGUUGCAGAUUAAAAGCUUGCUUGGUCAUCGUUCUCAAGCUGCUCCUGAAGUACGGCUCGUAUCAGGAAGACAUCUUAAGGAUUUUUGCGAAUUUCUUCAGUCCCAGAGUGAUUAUUUUGUGGUUGAAGGAGACCGUGUUCGAUUAAAAAACAUGCCAGAGCCAAGUAAUGCUGGUAUUGAAUUGGAUGAUGAAGGCAAACCUUUAGCUGGUGUAAAAGCCAAGCAAGCAGCGGUGGAAUAUUUGAAAUCUGUCGUAGAGCAGAAUGAUGAGCAACCGAUACCAAUGGAUGCAUUCUAUCAAAAAUUUUGCGAUCGUUUUUCGCACACUGUCAGGCAAGAAGUAGCUACUAAUCCAAAAGAACUGCUACAAUUCUUAAAGCUCAACCGCAAUGUCUUUUUCAUUAGAUCGAAUAAGGUUUCACUCGUGAAAAAUCGCGCUUCAGAAGAUGGUUCAGAAAGUGGUUCUGCUGAAAGCUCAGAACAUGAAAACAACAACAAUCACUUAAAUCAUACUGCUAUUAAUCGGAUCAAUCUCGUAAAAGCAUUGAAGCCUGCGCAGGAUGCUGUGUCUUCGAUAAAUUCAGAAAUUGAUACGAUGGAAGAAAGAGUUGUUGGAGUAGACUUCAAGACAGUCACUCUUGGAAUGCAAGGAGAGGAGUUUCUGUCUUUGGUUGUAUUGGCAACAACUUCUCAAAUUAUAGUUUUCGAUGUUGUUCACAGUGAUACAAUACUGUUGGAAAGUGGUGUGAAAGAAAUUUUAGAAUCCGAGAAAAUCGCCAAAGUAAUACAUGAUGCUAGGAGAGUAGCUACACUGCUUGCUCACCGCUAUGCCAUAAAUCUUAGAAAAAUCUUUGAUACACAGGUAGCGCAUGCAGUAUUACAACAUGAGAAGUUUGGGAAAGCUUUGACGGAUAUGCGUGCAAUAUCAUUCUUGAAUCUUCAGCGAGUAUAUUACCCACAAUCGAUAAUGAUGUCUGACAUAACACCGAGGAAACUCUCGCAACCACCUAGUUGGGGUUCGAGGCCGUUAACCGAUGAGUUUCUGCUGACUGUAGUUGAAGAGGCAUACUGUCUUGUAACAGUGUUAUAUCGUAUGAUGAGCACAAUGUUGCCAAAACAUCUGUCUGCAUUGUUCGAAGAAAAAUGUCUCAAAGCACUAAUACCUAAUGCAAAUCGUCCGCCACCUGCAAUAUACCCAACGAACGGUACAACGCCCUUCAGAUUGCCAAGAAGAAUUGGCGGAGUAGUUGGCACUUUGAACAACGUCAUUUCUUCAACACUUCCCUCAUUGCGACAGGUUAGCGACGCCUCAACACAGACAUUUUCUACAGGCGAAAUAAAUGUUCUCAGUGUAUAUUACGACAGCUAA